AUGUCUACUGAAGCUCAAGCAACACCCGAUCCAGCCAAAGCUUUCGCCACGAAACUCGUCAAAACCCUCAAUGAUGGCGCACUCUGUCUAAUGAUCUCCGUCGGCCAUCGUGCGGGUCUCUAUGAUGCAAUUUCGACAUUCUAUCCAGAAUUUGUCUCGUCGCAAGCGCUCGCGGACAAAGCCAAACUCAACGAACGCUACGUCAGGGAAUGGUUGGGGGCCAUGGUAGUUGGAGGAAUCAUCGAAUACAACAGUGAAUCAAAGACUUACAGACUUCCUAAAGAUCAUGCCGCAUUCAUGGUCAGAGAAUCAGGGCCUAAGAACGUGGCUAUCUUUGGUCAAUGGAUCUCGUUACUCGGGUCUGUGGAAGAUCGUAUUUUGGAAUGCUUCAAGAAUGGAGGUGGAGUACCGCACGAGGCAUACCAUCGAGUCGACGAAGUAUUGGCCGAAAAAAGCAGCGCUCUCAUUGUCCCUGUGAUGCAGGAAAUGGUUGUCCCUGGUAUUCCUGGACUGCUCGAUAAACUCAAGAAAGGAAGCAAAGUACUCGACAUUGGUUGUGGACGCGGCUUUGUUAUGCUUGAUCUUGCCAAACGGUAUCCAGGUUGCACUUUCCGUGGGUACGACUACUCAUCUAAGCUGAUAGCCGAUGCCAAUGCUGACGUGGCGUCUCUCGGUCUUGCUAAUGUCUCUUUCCAUGUGCAAAACAUCUCAAAAUUGGAAGAGGUCGGUGAAUACGAUGUGAUCUUGGCAAUGGACGUCAUUCAUCAUCUAGCUGAUCCAGUAGGUGCAUUGAAGGGUGCUAAUCGUGCGUUGAAAGGUGAUGGGCUGUUUGUGAUGCAAGAUGUCAACUUUUCAUGCGACGUUGAGAAGAAUGUGAAUCAGGUUUAUGGUCCCGCAUUGUAUGCCGAUAGUCUUUUGCGUACUAUGACAAUCUCUUUAUCAGAAGGCGGUUUAGGUCUGGGUGCGGUUUGGGGAACAGAGGUCGCGCAGAAGAUGUUGAAAGAGAAUGGUUUUAACAAGACCGAAAUCGUGGUGUUUCCUGAAGACUUUGUAACCUGUUGGUUCGUCAACCAAAAGUAA